AUGAAUUUCGUCUACGGUAAAGUCUUGCUGAUGGUAGUUUGCAGCACCUUGCUGGUUAGCGUAGCCGGUGCUCCCAACACCUGCGGCAAGCUGGAUCUGAAGACGGAUCCAUUCACCUGCUGCACCAUCCCGAAGUUGCUGGACGUGUCCAUCGUAAGCAGUUGCUUUGAGAAAUUCCCCAUCGAUAAGGAUGCGGCGGAUAAGGGUACCGGUGGUAUGCCCAAGACGGAGUGCAUGUCGGAGUGUAUUUUGAACACUACUGGCAUCUACAACCGUCGUGGCGAGCUCGAUGAGAAGAAACUGAACAGCGUGUUUACGGACAGUCUGCCGGAGAACAGCCCUUGGAUGAGCGUGGUCCGCAAGGCAAUCAAGGAGUGCUCGGCGAAGGCAACCAAGAAGGAUAAGGAGUUCGAAAAGGCCGUUGCCGACCAGAAGAAGGCCGGUGGUAAGGGAACUCCGGUGUGCAAUCCGGAGGCUAGCUUCUUGGUCGAUUGCAUCCACACUACAGUGUUCAGCGAUUGUCCAACAAAUCUGCGCUCGACCACGCCGGAAUGCGACGCCAUCUGGAAGUUCUUGAAGAACUGCCCGUUCAGUGCACUCCGCCAGUAGGACGUGGUAUGGAACACUGCCGCUUUAGCACGUCGUAUGACACAACUUUGGGUGAUGGGUUACUAUACACAAUGCUCUGCUUGAUGUCAUUCAGCACCAGCAGAACAAAAAAAAACACGGUCCAAUAAAGAGAAACACUUGAAAACGUAAAUGGAAUGGAUGUGUAUCAC